AUGUCCACCGAGAGAGCCCCGCUGCGACUCGCAGUCCGCGCUGCUGAACCACCUCGUGCUCCACUGCAGGACGCCGUUUGCGUGUCUGCGCUGCAGCAGCGUGUUCGCCACCGUCGGCGAGCUGUACGAGCACGAGCGGCGCCACAAGCCGCCUGUCGCGGCCGACCCGCUCGGAGCGGACCUUGCGGCGUACAAAAACGCAGCGCCGCCUCGCCUGCGCGGCCGGUGUGCCACGCUGGAGCGCAAGAUCGCGCAGUCGCACGAGCAGCUCGCGCAGGCGCACGCGGCCAGGCCGCAGGUCGACACGGCCGCGCUGCCGGCGCCAGCGCUCGAGCAGUACGCCGCGCAGCUGGAACUGUACCGCGCGAAGCUCGAGCGGCUUCGCCGGACGCUGGGCGCCGAGCUGGCGGCCGCAGACCGGCAGAAAAGACACUACUGGCUGAAAACACAGCGGCUGGUCGACGCGCUACACCAGUUUGA